AUGCUGAUGCUCGCGGAAUCCGACUGCGGGGAAGCUCGUAAAGCUCUGAUCAAUGCCAAUCAACGAGAUACUCGGCACGCCGAGGGUGCGAGCUGCCGCGGCUCUGCAGGGGUUUCCCCGAAGAAGAUGAUCGAAAAAAGCAGCAACAUCGCGCAGAAGGCGGCGGCAGAAGCGAAGGCAGCAUCCGAAGCUCAGAAUAUCGCUGGUCAGCAAGCAGCGCGUCAAGUGAAGGCGCAAUUGGCAGAGAAGGCGGCUCAAGCAGCAAAAGCCGCCGAGGCGGUCUUAUCAGGCAAGGAAGCGGUAGUCGAGCAGCUGCGGGAAGAGGUGAAGGAGGCACGAUCGGUGGUUCAGGAAGAGACGUCUUCCUUGCAGCAGGCGCAGACUAACGUCAACGCUGCGAUCCAAGCGGCACGGCAAUCUCAGGAUCAGUUGAGGACAUUGACGGGCGCGAUGCGCACGGCCAAGUCGAAUGCGGCGAACGCGCAAGCGGCCGCAAGCGGAGCACAAAAAUCGCUAAGAGAGAAGGAAGAGCUGCUGGAGGCGGCUAAGAGACGAGUGGACGAGCUGUCGAAUCAACUGCAAACCGCUCGGCAGGAUCUCGCCAACACCAAUCGCGCGGUGGCCAAAGCAAGCGCCGCCGCGCACGAGGCAAAGGCUAACGCGGCUAGAAACAAGAGGAGAUUGGCGAGCUUGAGGAGAUUGCGGGCCGUGCGAUCGAAUGUGCCGCGGGUCACUCCUUGA